AUGGGGUACAUUGUGAAUGAGGCCCAAAGUGCAAUUGUCAAGGGAAGACAAAUUACUAGUAACAUUUCCUUGGCUCAUGAGCUUGCCAAGAAUUAUACCAGGAAGAACAUCUCACCACGAAUCAUGAUGAAGAACAUCUCACCACGAAUCAUGAUGAAUAUUGAUAUUAGAAAAGCUUUUGAUAUAAUCAAUUGGGACUUUUUGAAAGAAAUGCUUCAAGGGCUGGGAUUUCCUACAGUAAUGAUUAAAUGGAUAAUGGCUUGCAUAUCUUCCCCUAAGUACUCUAUUUCUCUUAAUGGUACACUUCAUGGAUAUUUUGAAGGAAGGAGAGGAUUAAGGCAGAGGGAUCCCCUAUCCCCAUACCUAUUCAUUUUGGGCAUGGAGUACUUGUCGAGAAAAUUGGACCUUUUAAAAGGGGACUUGAAUUCAGUUCAAAAACUAUAUCAAUGCAUUAAAGAUUUCAGUGAGAUCACUGGUUUGGAAGCUAAUAUGGAUAAAUGUUCUGUAUACUAUGGUGGGGUGAAUGAUUCUGUCAAAGAGGCUAUUCACAGUUUCCUGGGCUUCACCGAAGGCACUAUUCUUUUUAGAUAUCUGGGUGUACCUCUGAUUUGUAAAAGGCUUACAAGGAGAAUUCAGGUGAUUAAAAGUGUGAUUCUUAUGGUUCAAAACUUUUGGACAUCAAAUUUCAUACUUCCUGUUAGAGUAUCCCUGAGGAUCGACGAGUUAUAUAGGAAGUUCUUAUGGGGUAAAUCUAAAAAUUCUUUUAGAACUCCGUUGGUAUCAUGGGAUAAAAUUUGCAGCGAAAAAAGACAAGGUGGCUUAGGUGUAUUCUCUGCUUCUAUUUGGAACUUGGCAUCAGCUUUAAGAAGCUUAUGGUAUAUUCAUAUCAAUAUGGAAGUGCUGUGGGUAAAAUGGAUUCAUAGAAAAUACUUAAAACAUUCAGAUAUCUGGCAUGUUAAUGUAAGAACAGGGGACUCGUGGUGUUGGAAACAACUUAUCAAAAUCAGGAAUAAAGCUCUGGUUGUUUUGGGAGGAGUAGAUAACUUGAUACAAAUACUGAGUUCUUGCUAUAAGAAAUCUAAAAUUCAGCUGUCUGCAGUUUAUGAAAAAUUCUCCCCAAUGACUCAGAGGGUGUCAUGGUUCAGUACAGUGUGGGGAAAGAUGAACUACCCAAAGCAUGCAUUUUUGUUUUGA